AUGGGCCCGAGCGGGGAGGGGCGGGCCCCUGAGGAGCGGCCCUCCCAGAUCCAACCCGUCCUAGCAGCUCGCGCCGACAGCGGGUUAAUUUCAAAUCGGGGGCUCCGGGAAGGUCACGCGCCCGCCGUUCCGCCACCCUCCCGCCGGGCCACCGACAGACGCUCCCGCUCCGCCUUCCACACCCACCUCCGAGUGACACCUGGACUGACCGACGGGCGGCGGCGCCGGCCGCUGGAUCCCGAGGCUCGGGCGGGAAGCCGGAGACGAGGACGAGGAGGAGGAGCACCGGACCGCCGCGGCCGCUGCAGGGAUUCCGGACCCCCGGCAUCCCCGGACCGGGAAGCCGAACCGAGCCGGGCCGGCCCAAGGGGGCGGGAAGGCGGCCGGCGGUUUCCCGCCUACCCCUCCGGCGCCCGCGGAAGGAGGAGCCGGGCUCCCGCGCUGAGGGGGGCGGGGCAGGGGCCGGGGGCUCCCGGGGGGGCCGGGGGGAAUGGGAAGGAGUCUGCUGGCGCUGGCCAUUGCGCGGGGUCGCCGGCCGACCUGCCCACCCUCCCGCUCGCAAUCCCCGCGCUCGGCUGGGCGGCACCCGCCGCGGCCCGGGUUUUCCCCGCCAAAUUUUUAAAUCGGAGUCUGAAGGUUGGGGCCCGCCCUCUGCCCCCAGGACCAAUCGCGGGUCGGCGGCCUGGCCUCUCAUUGGUCCGGGUCUGUUACCCUGGAGACCACAAGGAAGCUGUCAAGGAACUGUCCCCAAGUUACUGUGAAAAUCAUUUCUUUGAGCCACAUAAAAGGACAAAAACGCCACAGAAGGAGUCCACUACUCCAAAUUCAAUAUUAGCAGAAAUUCCACCCAACUUUGGACCUUUAACGACACCCACAAAGCCUAAGGAAAUCUCUCCAGGUGAACCAUGGACGCCAACAGCGAACCUUAAAAUGUUGAUCAGUGCUGCUAGUCCUGAAAUCCGAAACAGAGAUCAGAAAAGAGGAUUGUCUGACAAUAGGAGUGGAAUCCUUGAGGCCAAAGAUUGUUUACAUGAACAUUUAUCUGGAGAUGAAUAUGAGAAAUCUCAACCAAGUCGGAAAGAAAAAAGUUUAGGAUUAUUGUGUCAUAAGUUCUUAGCACGAUAUCCUAACUAUCCUAACCCUGCUGUGAAUAAUGACAUUUGUCUUGAUGAAGUAGCAGAAGAACUCAAUGUUGAGCGUAGACGCAUUUAUGAUAUUGUAAAUGUCCUAGAAAGUUUGCAUAUGGUCAGUCGCCUGGCAAAAAACAGAUAUACUUGGCAUGGGCGUCAUAAUCUCAACAAAACCCUUGGAACUCUGAAAAGUGUUGGUAUGGAGAACAAAUAUGCAGAACAGAUCAUGAUGAUCAAGAAGAGAGAGUAUGAGCAGGAGUUUGACUUUAAUAGCGACAAAAAUGAAGAAGCCGCAGUGAAACCCAGCUCUGGCCAAAAUGGACAUUCUGAUAUGUGCUUUGUGGAACUUCCUGGAGUGGAAUUUCGAGCAGCCUCUGUAAAUAGUCGAAAAGACAAGUCUUUAAGAGUGAUGAGCCAGAAAUUUGUGAUGCUAUUUCUCGUAUCGACCCCUCAGAUAGUAAGCCUUGAAGUUGCCGCCAAAAUUUUAAUUGGUGAGGACCAUGUAGAAGAUUUGGAUAAAAGCAAGUUUAAAACUAAAAUUAGAAGGCUUUAUGAUAUAGCAAAUGUUCUGAGUAGUCUGGAGCUUAUCAAGAAAGUUCAUGUUACAGAGGAAAGAGGCCGAAAACCAGCUUUUAAAUGGACAGGGCCAGAAAUCUGUUCCAAUUCCACAGUUCUGAGCCCUGUAACUUCCUUUGACUCAUCUGAUUUGGAAGCACCCCAGUCUUCUAAAGAACAAUGUGCUAAAAAUCUCUUCUCUACCACCGGGAAACCAAACUUUACCAGACAUCCAUCUCUAAUAAAACUAGUAAAGAGUAUAGAAAAUGACCGGAGAAAGAUAAGUUCUGCUCCCAGUAGCCCCAUCAAGACCAAUAAAGCCGAGAGUUCUCUGAAGUCAGCACCCUUCCCAAGUAAAAUGGCCCAGCUUGCAGCUAUUUGCAAAAUGCAAUUAGAAGAACAAUCUAGUGAACUAAAAAAGAAGGUGAAAAUGCAAUUGACAAGACCUCCGGUGCACUGUCAAUCUCUUGACUUCAUAGCAAAUGCUGAGCCCAACCUAACCAUAUCCUCCUCUCAGAUGCCAUCUCUCAUUCAGCCACUAGGGGUCCUACCUCUGAUCCACAGCCCCUUAUCUUCUGCGGUGCCUGUAAUUGUGCCUCAUGCCCCCUCGGGUACUUCAUAUGCAAUCUAUCUGCAUCCUCCCCCGGCCCAAACUGUGACACCCCAAAACCUAAGUUCCUCAGUACACACUGUUCCCUGUACUAAUGCGACUGGAAUUAAAGGUUCUGCCGAUAAUACUAAUUCCCAUCUCUUAACUACAAAAAUGACCACGGAAAAAGUCACUAGUGAUGUGGUCAAGGCUGAUGUCCCCGCUAAGCCAGGGAAAGCAUUGCCCACCUCCGAAGGACCAGCCUCCAGGAACGAAGACAGAGAACCCACCACUGAAAGAUGUUUGAAGAGACAGAAUGCACCAGAGGACAACAGCUCCAAAAAGAAACCUAAAGAGGAUCUAAAAGGACUUGAAAAUGUCCCAGCAACCUUGUUUCCAUCAGGAUACCUUAUUCCUCUCACACAAUGCCCGUCGCUUGGUACAGAGUCUAUUUUAUCUCCUAAAGAAAAUGCAGGGGCUUGUUCUCCAAAUAACAGGAUCUACAAUUCGCCAAUUACAGGUGUCAUUCCUGUGACAACAUCUGACCUGAGCACUGUGAAUUUUCCCACUUUUCAUGUGACACCUUUGAAGCUGAUGGUUUCACCAACCUCUGUAGGAGCCGGGCCUGUUGUCAACAGUCCAUCCCUUCCUUCCUCAAGCCACUCCGUUCCUGUCCAAAACCCGAGUUCAGCCAUUGUAAACUUUACUCUGCAGCAUUUAGGGCUGAUAUCUUCGGGUGUACAGGUGUCUGCAAAUGCUGGCGUGGGCUCCAUUCCAGCGUCUCCAGGAAUAGAGCCUGUUAGCACUCCAUCUGAGAAUACAGGUGUGCAACAAGGAAAGAUCACCAAGCAUGAAUCACCUGUGCCUGGGCGUAGUCAGCUCAAUGGACAAUCCAUCGCUGGGGCUGCAGGACAGCAGCCUGUCCCAGUGACACCCAAAGGAUCACAAUUAGUGACUGAAAACUUCUUCCGAACACCAGGAGGACCAACUAAACUUCUGGCUUCAACUUGUGACGAUUUGGAUGGUGCUCACAACACCUCUCUAGGAUCUCUCUUUGUCCCACAGCGAAAGCUUGAAGUGUCUACAGAAGAUGUCCACUAAUGUAGUGAACCAAACUUUGACGUUUAAUAAAGAUUUGAAUUAAUAGGAAAAAAGCUUAGCACAAAAGAUGUUAACAUACUUACUUGGAGAGCAGGUACUACCCCAGAAAAGUUGUAAAUAUGUUUAAUGACUG